AUGACAUCCAAACGAAUUGCAUUCAGAGUCCAAGGGAAUGUGCAAGGCGUUGGAUUCCGAGUACAAACAAACUCAAUCGAGGACCCUAGUGACUUCACCCAGAAGUGUGCCACAAGCCAUGGCCUCCAGGGCUGGGUCCGAAAUACAACAUGCGGCAACGUCGAAGGCGAGGUCCAGGGUGACAGUGAUGCGGUCCAAAAGCUCUUGCAGCAAAUCGAUAAAGGCCCACGCCUAGCUCACGUCGUGAAAGUAGAGAAGCGGGAACUGCCACCGAAAGAGGGCGAGGGCCAGUUCUUGGUCAUGCGGACCAUGGAGUCGACUUUCGGCUCGGCGGCUUAG